CCAAAAUAUAGAUUUGGAAAAAGAAGUUCUCAAAAUGAAAAGAAUAUAAUUAAUUACUAAUAAAUAAAAGCUUAAAUUAAAUUAGAAAAGAAAUAAAUAAAAUAGAUGAUAUUUGUGGCAAUUAAAAUACUUUUUUUUCUCAUUUUGUGUUUAUCAUUUUUUAAAAUGGUAAUUUACCCUGUAGCAAACUUGAUAAGGUAUAGAAUAUAAGGUGUAUCAAUCAUAAAAUACUAUCCUAUAUCAGGUUUAUGGGGUAUUUUACAGAAAGAUUUUAAAAAGUAUGGUGACUCUCUUAGGUUCUUUAAGUAAGUAGGAAUUGAGCAUCCUGAUGCUAAAUCCUUAGCUAUAAACAUAGGAGGAAACAUUGCUCUCUACUUGAUAGAUCCUGAAAUGAUAAAAGAAUUUUACUCUCUAAACUGCUACUAAAAAAGUCCUUUCAUAGUGAAAAUGUUUAGUAGAGUAUUAGGAAAUGGAUUUUUAUUUGACGAAAUUUCCCAUAAUAGAAAACGAAAUAUUUUUUCUAAGCUUUUUCAUUUUGACAAUUUGAAGCAAGUGGUGCCAAAGAUUGAGUAGAUAACUUAAAAUUGGGUUAUAUAAAAAUGUCCAUUAGUUAAAAAAACAGUUUAAAGAAUUGAUAUGAUUGAUUUAUCUUAACACAUCAGUGGAGAUAUUAUCACAUAAUAGUUUUUUGGUAUAAAUAUGAAUAAUUAACGUUACAAAGAGAAAACCAUUCCCCAAAACCUAUAUCAUUUAAAUACAGCUACUUGCAAUUAAAUGAGAACAAUCAGAUAUAUUCUAACAGGAACUUACACAUUUGAUAAAGGUUGGUGUAGAUUUGACAGAGUAGUUAAUGAAGACAUAAAAAAUAUUAAACAAAUUCUAAUUGAUGCUUUGUACUCAAGGAUAAAUAAAUAAAGUUAACAAUAAAAAUAAUCUUAAAGCUAAGAAGAUUUUUAAGUAGAUACAGAAAAUUCAAUCAUCGAUCAGAUCAUCAAAAAUGGUUAUAUAUUAGAUAAAAAAUCCUCAGAUAUGAGUAAACAGGAAAAGGAAGAGCUAACUAAGUCAAACAAAAUAUUACCAGAAGAACUUUUAGAAGAGUACUUGACCUUUUAUUUAGCUGGAAUGGAAACUACUGGUCACACGGUGGGGUUCUGCUUUUAUUUUUAUUGUAAAUAUCCUCAUAUUGGAGAAAAGCUAAGAAAAGAAAUAAAUUAGCAUUUCUCUCAUGAUCAACCAAUUACUUACGAAAAGAUUUCAUAACUAAAUUAUUUGGAUUGCUUCAUAAAAGAAAUAUUUAGGUUUUAUGGACCUACCUCUACCCUUAUGUAUAGAAUAGCAACUUAAGAUCAUAAGAUUAAAGACAUAGAAAUAAAAAAAGGUUCCAUGGUUAAUUUAGCAAUUUUAACAAAUUUUUAUAAUUCAAAGAUAUUUAAAAACCCAGAAGAAUUCAAUCCUGAUAGAUGGCUUGAAAAAAAUUAAAUCAAUUCUUAUGCUUAUCUACCCUUUUCAGCUGGAAGAAGAAAUUGCAUAGGACAACAUUUAGGUUUACUUACCAUUAAAAUUGUUUUUAGUGUUAUAUUAAGAGAUUUUGAAGUUACUCUCACUAAUCCUGAUUAUUAAAUGGACAGACUCUAAAAGUUUGUUCAUGGGCCAUCUUCUCCUAUAUAUUGCAAUUUUGAAAGACUAAAAUAAAAAAAUUGAUUUAAAGCUAUAAAUAGGUUAUAACAAAUAUUUUUAUACAAAAUUCAAAUAAAUUAAAUUAACAUUUAUUCCUGCAUUUUAAAAAAUUAAUUUGUAUGCAAAAAUUUAAAAUAUUCAAACAAAAAAAGGAUGAAAGA